AGUAUUGCCAAAUAUCAGUUAUCGUUCAAAAUAAUUUUCAUGAUUAUCAACAUGUUUUCAUUGUUUCGGAGUUUGCUUCAUAUGCAUUUAGUUUUAAGUGUUACGGGUUUUGCUGUAAAACGAAUCUUAGUCCUAGACGAUUUUUACACGUUGGUUAAUAAACUGAACGGGUUAGAAAACGAAGUUACUGCACUUAAGCAGGAGGUGAAGGCACUCAAAGCGCAACAAGCGAACCAGACAGGCACAGUUGCAUUCAUGGCAUUUCUGACGAAAAGUGAACGCGGCACAAAUCACCACAUCCUCUUCGAUGACGUAAAGAUCAAUGUUGGCAACGCAUACAACCCCCGCCAUGGUUUGUUUGUUGCCCCGGUUCCGGGACUUUAUCAGUUUUCUCUUACUGCCUGCUCAGACAGUAAUCAUUACAUCGUGCUGGAGCUAAACGUAAAGGACUCUAUCAUUGGAAAAGUUAUUGCUGGUGACGAUUGGGUGAUUGACUGCAGUUCGAAAACUUUUAUCGUUCAGCUUGCAAAAGGUGACGAUGUGUUUGUAAUGCAUAGAACAGUUGGUGAAUCGUUGCUUGCUGGUGCUUCAUAUGAUCUACCCAACUUCACAGGCUUUCUAAUAAAAGAAACGUAGAGUCAUGGUUUUACCAAAGACAUUUACUAACAUAAAGAACGAACUAAAUGGAUAUACCUAUAAAAAAUCAUAGUGAGAAAACUGAAACUAUUGUCGACGUAAAAUUAUUUUCCUUGGUUUUCACUUGAAUAUUAAAAAUCAAAGCUACAUUUUGUAUAUCAAUAGUAAAUGAUGCUAUAUCAAUGGUUGAUGAUGCUAUAUCAAUGGUCGAUGAUGCUAUAUUGUGGUAUCCAGGCAUUUGUUCAUUGUUGUUGUAAUUUUUAUCUUGCUUGACACUUGGUACGAAAGUUCUAUGUAUGAACAUCGAAGGCUAAUUGCUUCACAAAUAAGUUCAUAUAAAUUCUAUUAUUACGUUAAAUCGAUGGUAUUUGCCCAUAAAUAUAUUUACAAUUCA